AUGACUGAAUUUAUGCCAAUUGGUAGACAGAUUUUAAUAGAUAAGAGGGGAUACUAACGCAAAUUUUUCCAUAGUCCUCUAGGCAUUAUAAAUCCUCUGCAUUUGACUCGUUAAAAGUUUUUAGAACAAUUUAAACAUAAUGUAUUUCCACCAUCAAUUCCAGCAAAAGAUAAAGCAUGUGAUCUUGAUUUGAUUGGUUUUAAGAGUAAAAUCCACAAGGAUGACCCAAACCAAAUCUUUCAAGAAUUCAAUCUGAAAGAUAUUUUACCUCAACAUAUAGCUAGGCCAUAUAUUUACAUAACAAAGGUGAAUAAAAGAUUAACUCCGAAGGAAAAAGGAACUAUGAAAGAAGAGGAUUUAAAAAAGUAUAAUUACUCUCAUAACAACGAUUGGAAUAAAAGCACUAACUUGUGCUCUCAUAAAAUUACAAAAAAUUCAAACUAAAAUAAAGUAGAGUUAUAAUAAAAUAUUGAAUGCUAAUCAAAAGAAGAAAGAGAAGAGUUUUAUGAAAUAUCCUAAAAGCAAACUUAGUUUAUAUUUGAAUUUUACAAGUUACUUAAACAUAUGCUUUUAAAAAAUGGUAAAAAAAAAAAUGAAUUAAAGUGUUGUCUUUAAGAAUACAUCAAAAAAAAUAAUAAACUAGUUGAUACUGAUCAAAUUUAAUUUAAUAAAUAGGAAAUAAAAGAUUUUUUAAGCAGCUUUAAACAUUAGUUUACAAACGAGAAAAUAGAUUCUAUCUUAAAUAACUUUUUUUCUAGCGUUUACGAUGAAAAAAUAUGUUUAAACAAAAUUUCAAUGAGAGCUCUUGUAUAUAAUUUUAAUAGAUAUUAUGAAAGUAAAGAGAAAAUAGAAUAAAAAUUUAGUUUAGCAAAAGCAAAAAAAUUAAAUGCCCAAAUACAUUAUGAUGCAUGCUAUUGGACAUUUAAUUAUAAAAAGCUACUAACUAAUUUAAAAUAAAUUGAAGAUAAGGAAUAGUCUUCAUUAGAUAGAGUUUUAAGUUUAUAUGGUGAGAAACUUCAUGCUUAAUAUAAAAAAAUAAUUGAAGAUAGAAAUAAAUAUAUGAAAAUGCGAAUUAUACUUGCAAAAUUCUUCAAAAAUUCUCUUUAGGUUAAAUAAAUACUUGAAAUAGAAAUAAUUGCAAAAGCUUUUAUCUAAUUAAUACUACAUAAAUCUCAUGAAAUAGCACUUUUUUAAGAUUUUAUUUCAAGCUAUUUUUCUGAUAAUGAAACUAGAAAAGUUUAAUAAGUUCUUAAAAAAGAAGAUCUUGCUGAGUAUUUAAUAAAAUCUUCAUAUAAAAAAGACGAAGCUGAUGUUAUUAUAAAAAGAGUUGUUGGCCUUUAUAAAUAUGCUCAAGAAGAAAAAAAAGAGAAUUCUCAGAUAAUUGUGCAACAAGUUGACAAAGAGACAUUUUUAGAAUAUUUGAAAAUAAGUAUGAAAAAGCAAGAUAAAAAAAUGAGUAUUUUUGUGAGAAUGAUGGAUGAAAUACAAAAAUACUUUGAAGAUGAAGUAGAAAUUAGAGAAAUUAAAGAAAAAAGUGCAAAAAAAUAUGAAAUGAAUAUGAUUGCUAAUUUUAUCUUAAAAUAUUUACAGAAAAUUGAUCGAAAAUUUUUGAAAUGCUAAUGGAAAAUAAUGAGCAUUUUAAAGCUUUUUGAAGAAAAUACUAUCACUUAGCAAAAAUUAGAAUCAAUAUUAAAUUCGCAUGGAGUGCCUUCAUCAUUUACACUAAAAUUUCUUUUUUCAACUCAAGUUUACUAAAAAAAAUCUAAUUUUCUUUGUCAAGAAAGGUAGUUAGCGUAAUGGAAAAUCGAUCUAUAAAAAGCAUUAGGGAUAUACAAAGAAGAGUUAUCAAAAAUGAAAAACUUCUUCGAAGACUAUGGAAACAUGCAAUAUGAAGAUGAGGAAGAAUAAGAUGAUAAAAAUGUAGAAGAAGUUUAAUAAAACGUAGAAGAUAUAAAGCCUGAAGUAUUAAAUUAGAAAGUCUAAGAAGUAGCGGAAACAGCAAACUAAUAGAAAAAAGAAUAAUUUGAUUCUGUAAGCUUCUAAGAAAGUAGAAGAAAUUCAAUAAAAACUGAAUUACAGAUUGAAAAUACAAAAUCAAAUAUAAACUCUAAGAAAAGGAUCAGUUUUGCAGAAUUACCUAACGAAAAAAGUAAGAGAUCUUCAAUGAAAUCAAUCCCUAGAGAUUAUGAAGAAGAAGAAGACUCUCUAUCUAAAAUUUCAACUGAUAUGGAUUACUUAUCAUUAUGCGAAUCUCUAAUCUCACAGUAAUUAAUAAUUAUACAUUUUUGUUUUAUUUUAAAUUAAAAAUGUUUUUAGGAUAAAAGUAGAGAAUCAUUUAGUUUGAGAAAGAUAUAAAUAAUUAUACAAAUUAAAAGUAGAGAUCAAAAUAAAAUUUUAUAACAAAUAAAUUGA